UUUACAGCUCACUUUCAGUUCCUACUUGUCUGGUGAAGUCAGCGACAUUGCAUGUCUCUCGGUUAAGCAAUAAAUAAUUCACAUUCAUCACCAGCUUUAGGAACAGAGAUUCAUGCUGCCUUGUUUACAUGAUGGAUGGAUAUAUUGUAUCUGUCUCAGAGGAAAUUGUUCCAAAUGAGCCAGAGAAUUACAGACCACCAGCAGAACUGUACCCUUACCUUAAUGUCGGAGAUAUUUAUGACGAGCACAGAUGGACCUCGUAUCAUUCUGACCGGGCCCCCACAUCAGAUUUUGAGAACUCACCAGUCAAUCAUCUGACAGAGCUUCAGUCUGUGUCACCUCAACAGCUGAUACCACCCUACCGUUACAACAGUGACUCUUUGCCCCUUCACCUGGACCCCCCACUCGGAUCCCUCUCUGUGUCUCCACAAAUCCCGUACUAUCCCCCAUCCCUGUGCUUCCCAUACCAGCCCUCUGCCUCGCCUGCCCAUUAUUAUUCUGAAGAAGAGCAAAGAGGAAUGAGUCCCCCUUUGGAGGUAUCAGAAGGGGAGGAUGAAUUUGAACACCACAACCACUCCACCUUAAAGAGGGACACUAGUAACAAGAAGAAAAUCCGCUUGUACCAGUUCCUCCUGGACUUGCUCCAAAACGGUGACAUGAGUGACAGUAUCUGGUGGGUGGACCAGGACAAAGGCAUUUUCCAGUUCUCCACAAAACACAAAGAAGCUCUGGCCAGCCACUGGGGUAUUCAGAAGGGAAACCGCAAGAAAAUGACGUACCAAAAAAUGGCUCGAGCUUUGAGGAACUAUGGUAAAACAGGAGAGAUUAAAAAAAUAAAGAAGAAACUUACCUACCAGUUCAGUGAGGAGGUGCUGAGGAACCUUUAUAUACGUCAAUAUCCUCACUGAGGUUGAAACAAAGGCUGUCUUUAUGCUGAAAAGCACUGACUUAGGCCAAACUAUAUUUUGCCUGUAUAUUUGCAAUUUCAUUUCUACCAAGUUUUUCUCUUAUUUAUUUGUAACACCAAUUUCUUUAUUUCAUCUGCAGGCUUUUGUAUGAAUACUUACUUUUUUUUUUUUUUAGCAAUUCAAGUAUUUCAAAAGCAAUACAGUCAACGAAACCUUGAAUUCUUCACUGGUUCCUAAGCAAUGCUGUUUUUCAUCCUAAUUUCCAAUUACAUGUAUCAGGCCAAAUCUGUACUUUCAUUUUUCAUCUCAUUUGCAUUUUUAUUCAUUCAGUGUUUUACAAAAUAAAGAAUAAACCUGUUUGCCACAA